AUGUCGACCAGAGGGAACGACACUGGAUCCCUGCAUAAGAGUGAACAGUGUAAGUUUUUGAGAGUGGACCAAGACAAAGACAGAGAAUGCAGCCUGGACUGUGCAGGUUCCCCUCAGAAAUCACUCUGUGCAUCUGAUGGAAGAACUUUUCUGUCCCGGUGUGAGUUUCAACGAGCCAAAUGCAAAGACCCUCAGCUGGAAAUAGCCUACCGAGGAAACUGCAAAGAUGUUUCCAGAUGUGUGGCUGAGAGGAAGUACACCCAAGAGCAAGCUCGCAAAGAAUUCCAGCAAGUGUUUAUCCCAGAAUGCAAUGACGACGGCACAUAUAGUCAGGUUCAGUGCCACAGUUACACUGGAUACUGCUGGUGUGUCACUCCCAAUGGCCGUCCUAUCAGCGGUACUGCUGUGGCCCACAAAACUCCCCGCUGCCCAGGUUCAGUGAGUGAGAAGCUGCCACAACGAGAAGGUGCUGGCAAAACAGAUGAUGCCUCAGCUCCCGCGCUGGAGACUCAGCCUCAAGGUGAUGAAGAAGAUAUAGCUUCUCGUUAUCCUACCUUAUGGACUGAGCAAGUAAAGAGUAGACAGAACAAAACCAAUAAAAGCUCAGCAUCGUCAUGUGACCAAGAACUUCAGUCAGCCCUGGAGGAAGCAAAACAGCCCCAGAAAGACAAUGUGUUCAUUCCAGAGUGUGCUCAGGGCGGCCUCUACAAACCAGUGCAGUGCCAUCCUUCCACGGGCUACUGCUGGUGUGUUCUGGUGGAUACGGGACGUCCCAUCCCCGGUACAUCAACCAGAUAUGAACAACCUAAAUGUGAUAAUGGUGCCAGAGCUCACCCAACAAAAACAAAGGAUUUGUACAAAGGACGCCAGCUUCAAGGUUGUCCUGGUGCCAAGAAGAAUGAGUUCCUGACGAGUGUUUUGGAUGCACUGUCCACAGAUAUGGUGCACGCAGUCUCUGAUCCAUCACUGUCUUCUAGCCGUGUUUCUGAGCCUGAUCCAAAUCAUACUUUGGAAGAGAGAGUUGUCCAUUGGUAUUUCAAGCAGCUAGAUAAAAAUUCCAGUGGUGAUAUUGGCAAGAAGGAAAUCAAGCCAUUUAAGAGAUUUCUGAGAAAGAAAUCAAAGCCUAAAAAAUGUGUGAAGAAGUUUGUGGAAUACUGUGAUGUGAACAACGAUAAGUCCUUGUCGGUUCAGGAAUUAAUGGGCUGCUUGGGAGUAACAAAAGAAGAAGCAGUCCCUAGAACCAACACUGAGAGCACUUCAUCCAGCAGGCAGCAAGUUUCGAAGAAGCAAGGGUGAACACCUUACUAAUCCAAGGCAGAUCUCUUUGACAUGUGGGAGAUUUCCUCACCAAAAGGCAAUAAAAACAACUGUAGUAUUUGCACUUUGUACUUAAAAAUGUAAAUUCACUUUGUAGAAAUGAAAUAUUUAAACAGACUUUUUUUUUUUUUUAAUCUGUGAAAAAGUAAUGGCUAGUUUUGAAAAAUUAUCACAUACAAUGUAUGUGUAUUCUUUUGUCUGAAAUAUGUAAAACAUGUUGGAGAUGUAAAAGUUUGCAUUUAAACCCUUUUUUAAAAAAAUAACUUUUCAGCAAACAGUAGCAUAGAAACCUGAUUCUAUGUAUUUUUGGUUUCAAUAGUAUACCUAAGUUUUCUUAAUACUGUCAUUUAAGUAGAGUUAUGCUGAAAAAUCUACUGUAUUCUCAAUUUUGUCCAAGCAGUGUUGAAUAUUUCAGGUUUGCAGGACUGAGAGAAUUGUGUAAAUUGCUGUUUACUUGGUUUUGCAGUUUUUUACUGAACAGAUUUUUCAUUGGUGGCAAUAUUUUAUUUCAUUUUGUUUCUAUUGUAAUUAUUAGUCUUUCCAAAGAUCAUACAAUGAGAAUACAACCACUAAUGGAUACAGAAAACAGUUAUUCUACUUGGGAUGCUUAUAGAACAAUGUAUCCUUUUUUCAAUUUUUGAAGUGCCUUUUUUUAUAACUUUUGGUAGGAUUUUUCUCCUGUUUGCUUUCACUUGGGUUAUUAACACAGCAAACCAAAAAGGAGUAAGGUGGAUUGUAGUGUCACUCCCGUCUGGUUCAGCCUGAGCCUAAAAGCAAGCAUGUUUCCAUGGUCAGUGCAAAGCAGGAGCAGAGUUUGUAUGGGUCAGAAUUGUAAAUCUUAUUGUCAUGACAGGGGAGGGUAAGCCUUUUCCCCCCUUUUUACACCUGACUACUCUUAUCAACCCUUUGGCUUGCCUGGGGGCCCACUAGAGGAGGGGCUACUCAUAUUGCCCCUGCCUGAAAACUUUUCUUUGCUAACUGAAGAAACUUCUUGAAAGCUUUCAUACUUUCUCCAUCGUUUUUUCUCCCCGAUGUUUUUUUUUUAUUUUCAUAUGUGAGUCUGAGGGGAAUAAGAACUUCCGGAUGUGAAUCUAAAACAGGGGACCCAAAUGAAAAAAUGUUCUGCUCUUGAACAGCUGUGAGUUACAAGCAGCUGGGUUGAUGGAUGCAGUGGCAGAAGGACUACUGGCAUCCAAGAGCUGACAUGAGAAGGCAGGAAUGUAGCAGCAAGCAGUGAUUUCAUUAUGGUUUGUUUAAAUAAUGUGUAGGUUCUGACAUGUGACCAGCUACUCAUAAUGGCACCCUGCUUGAGCUUGUACCUGGAAAAGCUUUUUUUUGUGAAUCAAAAGGUGUCAUUUCAAUUGCAACAUAUUCUGAAGUGAUAGGAAACACUGUAUGCAAUGGAAUUGUAUCCCAGAAAUUGUGUACUCUAAGCUCUGGCAACAGGAGAAAACAAGGCAACUGUGUGUUAUCUUGUAUUUUUGUUUUAAAAAGUAUUUGUUAUUCUUUUACAAUAUUAAACUUUGAAAUCAAUCUUCUUUAUAGAUUAAAGAUUGAUAUGUUAUCAAACUA